CGCCGGUUCCGGCUGCCGGUGCGACCUCUCCACCCUCUCUGCUUCCCCGCGCGCGAGUAAGUCGCCGCAGGCCGCCUCCGCCGCCGCUGCUGCUGCUUCUCCUAGAUCUCUGCCGGCCGCUGCUGCUGCUUCUUCGGCCUCAAUCAUGGCUCCGCAUUACCAAGCUACUACACUGAUUGCUUCCCCAUCCUAUCCAAAUGCCAUCACCUGGUCAAGUGAGAACUUGGUGGCUGUUGCUUCUGGCCACAUCGUCACUAUCCUGAACCCGGCCGCACUUGAUGGGCCUCGGGGACUUGUUGUGCUUGGCCCUAGCAAUCCUUUUCCCAUAGGUGCGGUUAACAGGGAAGAUCUACUUGAACCAUGUUUAGUGCCAACAUGCUUAUCACGUGAUACUGAACCAUGUGCACGGUCAGUUUCAUGGUCUCAGCAAGGAUUUGCUCCUAAUUCUGGUUGUUUGCUAGCUGUUUGUAGUGGUGAUGGUCGUGUGAAUCUUUACCGCCCGCCAAUUUUUGAAUUUGGUGAUAGCUGGGUUAAGGUUGCAGAUAUAUCUCAACUGUUGUUUAACUAUUACCAAAGCAUUAACUUCCGAGAAGAUGAUGGUCCAAUUUCGUUUCCUCUGGAGGCGGCAAAUAAUGAGCAAGCUCCUCAGGAAAAGUUAAAUAGCGAGCAUGGACAUGACACAGGAUAUGCUGGUGAAUUGCAAGAACCUCUUUCCUGCAAGGUUCUUGGAAGGAGAAAAAGGAAACCAACAAGAUUUGAAGGCUAUGUUUAUGAUGAGGAUGAAGAUGGUUUAGGUGCUUCAAAGGAUGCAGACUUCUCUCCGAAUCCAUGUUCUAGGUUAUCCAAGGGAUUUAUGAAAAAGAUUGUCAAGCCUGUGCAUGAAAUGGCUGUCGUAAUUGGGGAAGGUGGAUUACAAAAUACCAAAGAAGCACUCUCUUGCAAUGGAGAAAACAAGCUUGUUCCUCUUAUCACAGCAAAACAAUAUGCAUGUCGGAAUGCACAUUUAUUUUCCCUCGUAGUUGCGUGGUCGCCAGUUUCGCCGUCACACGACACUACUUCUCAUUGGUGCAUUCUUGCUGUUGGAUCAAAGUCUGGGGAUGUUUCAUUUUGGAAAAUACAUAAGCCUGAGUACUACACAAUAGAUGUUGGUACUGUUAACAGAGAUCCAAUAUUUGUUGGGGUUCUCCAAGCUCAUAUUUUGGGGGUUUGUGCCAUGAGCUGGGAAGUUACCUGUGCAAGCUCUUCAAAGUCCUCAUUGCUUUUAGCAACUGGAUGCUUGGAUGGAAGUGUGAAGAUAUGGUCAGGUGAUAUGAAAGGAUUAAAUCAAUGUACUGAUGUAAAAGAAGUGCCAUUUUCAUUACUGGCAGAGGUCACCACUAAUUCAUCAGCUCCAGUCUCUUCAAUUUCAUUGUCCGCACCAGCUCAGCCUCGAGAUGAGGUUAAUUUGGCAAUUGGAAGGGUAUCUGGGUCACUGGAAACAUGGAAAUUGGACCUAUGCAACAACAAAAUUGAGAAUAGCAGUGCAUGUCAUGCACAUGACCGAGUGGUGACAGGUUUGUCAUGGGGUUUUGAUGGCCACAGUUUAUACAGCUGCAGUCAGGAUAAUUCUGCACGCUGUUGGAUCUUAGAAAAAAAUCAACUUGAAGAAGUUCCUGUGUACACAAAUUUCCCAGAGCUAAAAGAAUCGACCGAUCUCUCAGUAGUAUCUGAUCGAUGCUUUGGUCUUACACUUGCACCUGGAGAAUUAAUGAUUGCUGUGGUCCGCAGCUUGGAUCCGAAUAUGCUAGAUCCGAUGUAUCAAGCCAGGACACAAAAGGCAGUGGUUGAGUUCAUUUGGAUUGGUGGUCAGUUCCUUGGCAUUGCACUACACAAGAACAUUCAUAUCUCCAGCGAACAGUCCGUGAUGUUAUCUGAGACUAACUUCUUAUGGUGGGGAUCCAAUAUUUUUUGGUCAUUGAAGAAAUAUGAAAAAGGUGAAACGGGGCUUGUAUUAUGGGAUGUCAUAGCUGCUUUACGAGUGCUCAAGAAAUCCUCACCAAUAUUUCUGGAGACAUUACUGCAUAAUUGGGUCUCGGAUUUGUUUUCAGAUGAUCAACAGCGUGUUUCUUUCGAUAUCCUGUAUCAGUCUAGAAACGACAUGAUGUCCAAGGUCAGCUCGCGGAAGCUACACUUGCUGAAUAUCAUUUGUAGGAAAGUAAUGCUUAGCGAUAAUGCACAAUAUUCUCCUGGUGGAGAAAACAGCACUAGUGUGUCAACUGAUUUAUGGAACAAUCUUCUAGUGAGCAGCGAAAGAGAGCUACGAGAGAGGCUAGUGGCUUUCACUUUUGCUGCAGUUUUGAAUCGACUAUCAUAUUUUCAAAAGGGCACCUGUGCUGAAAACAUGUGGUUUCCUGUUGGAGUUGCCCAAAUGUAUUCUUGGUUGUCUAUGAACAAUGGAAAAGUGCAUAAUCAGCUUAAGUCUCUCCGUUCGACAAUUAAGGGUCUUCGAAGCAGGAUUUCUUCUGUGUGUGAAUACUCAGUUGAAGAAUCCUGCACCUAUUGCUCUGCACCAGUCCACUUCGAGUCACCUGAUGUAGCCUUGUGUGGAAGUGGCGAUCCUGUUACUUCUCCCGCAGAAAGGCACAAGUUGUCAAGAUGCACGGCAUCGAUGCGCUUAUGCUCUGUUCUGCAACCAAUCUGGUACUGUGUGUGUUGUGAAGGAAUGGUUGACAAGCUGGUUCCGGGGACCUUCUUCACAAUGACGACAUCCCCUUUGCAGGUGAACCAUGAUGGUGAAUUGCUUUAUUCAGCACCUGUUGUUCCACUUUGCCCCUUCUGUGGCAUACUGCUGCAGAGGUUGAUGCCAGAGUUCCUGCUCUCCGUCUCCCCAGUGUAGAAGCUAGUGAGAAUUUGCUGCUCAAGUGCAUGUCAAUUCCGUCUUCUUUUGCAGUAUUGUGCAUAUGUUUGUUCUAGAGGUUGUUCGUGAUCCUGUCAAAAAGGAUUCUUAUGAUAAGCAUGGAAAGGAACGUCAUCCCGAGUAAGUCCUGAAAUUGUUUAUCAGUUUGUAUUGAAAUAUUAAGCUCCAAACACCCUCUCAACACACAAUUAGGAAUUUUUUUGCAGAGUAUGCAAUGACCAGAAACGAUCUGAGCUUUGUCUUGCAUAUAUAGCAUGCACAGUGUAUUAGCUAAUAGGCCUGCUGUUAAAACUUCUUUUUACAGCAAAGCACCUUUUUAUUAA